CCAUAGCACCGAGCUACAUCAUUCACAAAUAACUAACACCCAUCAGCAACAAUGGCAUCCUCUUGUCUCCUUCUGGCCUGUGUCGUGGCAGCGGCCAUGGUGUCUGCAGUGUCAUGUGGGCCGCCCAAGGUGCCGCCUGGCCCCAACAUCACUGCGGCCUACGGCAAACAGUGGCUGGAAGCUAGGGGUACCUGGUACGGCAAGCCAAAGGGUGCCGGCCCCGACGACAACGGCGGCGCUUGUGGGUACAAGGACAUUGACAAGGCUCCCUUCCUCGGCAUGAACUCAUGUGGCAAUGACCCUAUCUUCAAGGAUGGCAAGGGCUGCGGCUCCUGCUUUGAGGUCAAGUGUUCCAAGCCAGAGGCCUGCUCCGACAAGCCCGUCAUCAUCCACAUCACCGACAUGAACACUGAGCCUAUCGCCGCCUACCACUUCGACCUCUCCGGCCAUGCUUUUGGUGCCAUGGCUAAGGAAGGCAAGGAUGAGGAACUCCGCAAGGCGGGAAUUAUCGAUAUGCAGUUUCGUCGCGUCCGCUGCAAGUACCCUGGUGAGACUAAGGUCACCUUCCACGUUGAGAAGGGCUCCAACCCCAACUACUUUGCAGUGCUUGUCAAGUACGUCGGUGGUGACGGUGAUGUCGUGAAGGUGGAACUUAAGGAGAAAGGCUCUGAGGAGUGGAAGCCACUCAACGAGUCAUGGGGUGCUAUCUGGAGGAUAGACACUCCCAAGCCACUCAAGGGCCCCUUCUCCCUCCGUGUCACCACCGAGUCUGACCAGAAGCUUGUCGCCAACGACGUCAUCCCCGAUAAUUGGAAGGCCAACGCUCUCUACAAAUCAGAGAUCCAAGUCGACUAAGCCUGCAUGGAAUUCUUCCGUUGUCUAGCUACCUAUGCACACAGGGGACGGAAAAAAAUGUAUUUUAAAUUUAAAAAAUAGAGCUAGGUUUGUGGAGUGAGCAGAAAGUCUAUCGGUCUAUGGUGUCUGCUCUCCUACCUGGGCCCAUGAUCGAGUCUUCAAUUCUCGAUCAGAAAAUUUUGAUAUUAAAUUAUUUGACGCUUUCAAUUCUAAGGGAUUGUCAACGUGAAAUUCAAUUCCUUAAAAAUAAUAGGGAGUAUCUAAAAAACUGUUACAAGUUUUUUUAGUGAAACUACACUACAACUGCACUGUAACAACACUGUAACUACACUAUAACUAUGAUAUAACUUAUAUAAAACUUGUAUUCAAUUA